AUGACCAGGCCAGACAUUGCUUUUGCAGUGCAGGUUCUAAGUCAGUAUAUAUAUUAUUCCAAGGUGUCACACAUUGAAGCUGCUCUCAGAGUAGUCAGAUACAUCAAACAAGCACCAGGCCUGGGGCUAUUUAUGCCUGCAAAAAGUGCAGAAAAGCUGAUUGCCUAUUAUGACUCUGAUUGGGGAUCUUGUAUAAAGUCGAGGAGACCAGUAACUGGAUACUUGGUUAAAUAUGGAAAUGCACUGGUGAACUACUCCGAGCUAAAAGGAGGAUAUGAGUGUUUUGGAGUCAAUUAUGUAGAUACAAGGCCAAUUGAGAAGAGCCCGGAUGAAAACGAGCAAGAAAAGGCGAAGAAAAACUGGGCAACAGCCCACUACGACUGCGGUUGGGCCGCGGUGAAAGAAGGCAAAUAA